AUGGGCUGCUGCCAAGAUAAGGACUUUCAGACUUCGGAUGAGCAGGCCAAGGAGGCCGGGUCAGAAGGCACUGAUGCGGACUCGGUGGAGCAACGGGAUCGUAGGUCGAACGAAAGUCUUUUGAUCACUGUGCUGUGGCGGCGGCUAUCCAUGUUCAGCCGUCGGGGUUCCGCUCGGUCAACCAAGAGGCAGGCAGUCCAGAAUCCAAAGCCGGCGAGUAGGAUCCAGGAGUGCGAUCAGGAGAGGAUCCAGGAGGAGCCGGAGAAGGGGUGA